CUGAAAUUUAUCUAAAAUUGUGGCCAGAGAGGUUGACAAUAUUUUAUUGCCCACGGUCACACUGUUAAAAGGUAAACAUUACAGAGCGCGCGAAAAUGUCCGACCACGAAGAUAUGGAAAUCAAGCAGGAAAAUGAGACUAUUGAGGAUAUCGACGAAAAGGAACACAAACCAGAGGUGGAGGACGCCGCGGAGACCAACAAAAUCAACUCUCUAAAGUCCCUGGGACCAUUUAUUGCCGCAAAGGAAAACAGCAAAAACACAAUCUAUCUCAGCGAUGUUCCGGCUGUAUGCAAGGAUAAACCCUGCAUGUUGGGUGUUGACGAAGCGGGACGUGGUCCUGUCCUAGGGCCAAUGGUCUAUGGAAUCGCUUAUUGUCCGCUGGAGAGCAAGAAAGCCCUAGAAGAUCUCGGCUGUGCUGAUUCCAAGCAGUUGACCGAGGAAAAGCGCGAUAUCAUAUUCAACGAUAUAAACACAAAGGAAUACGCCACCAGCUGUAUUGGCUGGGCCGUUGAGAUUAUUUCACCAAACACCAUCAGCACCAGCAUGUACCGGCGUUCCAAGUGCUCCCUCAACGAGGUAUCCAUGGACUCGGCCAUGGGUUUGAUCCAGCAGGCAAUUGAUGCCGGGGUGAAUAUUGCUGAAGUCUACGUGGACACAGUUGGUCCUCCGGAGAAGUACCAGGAGAAGCUUCUUAAACGUUUUCCCACCUUCAAAAUAACAGUGGCAAAGAAAGCCGACUCCACAUACCCCAUCGUUUCAGCUGCUAGUAUUUGCGCCAAAGUCACACGCGAUCAUGCCUUGAAGGUUUGGAAGUUUCCCGAGGGUUUGGUCAUAAAGGACAAUGCCUUUGGUAGCGGUUAUCCUGGUGAUCCGGUUACCAAACGUUUCCUGGCCGAGCACAUUGAUCUGGUGUUUGGAUUCCCUCGAUUAGUCCGAUUCAGUUGGUCCACGGCGGAGAACGCCUUAGCCGAUAAAGCUUUUGACAUGGAGUUGGAUGAACCGGAUACGGAGAAGCCCAAGUAUGCCGGAACCAAGCUCACAAAGUUCUUCAAAGGCACGACCAAAUCAGGAGAGGUCAUUCGAGAAGAGUGCCGCUUUUUCAAGCAACGACAUCUCGCAAACGUCAUCGAUUUUUGA